AUGGCUUUCAUGAGGCUUGGAUCAAAAUCAGAUGCAUUUCAUCGUGAGGGCCAAACAUGGCAUUGCACAACCGGGCUUCCAAGUGAUGUUAUUGUUGAAAUAGGCGAAACAUCAUUUUGCCUCCACAAGUUUCCAUUGCUUUCUAGAAGUGGAUUACUGAAGAAACUCAUUGCUGACUUCUCAAACGAGGAAGGAUCAAGUUGUGUUUUGCAACUUGAUGAUGUGCCUGGUGGGGACAAAACAUUUGAGCUUGUAACCAAGUUUUGCUAUGGUGUGAAAAUAGAAGUCACAGCAUCAAAUGUGGUGAGUCUAAGAUGUGCAGCAGAAUACCUACAAAUGAACGAAAAUUAUGGUGAAGGGAACCUAAUUUCAAGGACAGAAGCUUUUCUCAAUGAAGUUUUCAGCAAUUGGUUAGACUCCAUAAAAGCACUUCAAACAUGUGAGGAAGUUAAACCUUAUGCAGAAGAGCUGCAUAUUGUUUCAAGAUGCAUUGAUUCCUUGACCAUGAAGGUAUGUUCUGAUACCAACAUGUUCAAUAGGCCUGUGGCAGGACAUGAUUGCUCCCAAAACCCAACUAUAUGGAAUGGAAUUUCUUCUGAGACUAAAUCACCACCUUCAGGUGAUGAAUGGUGGUAUGAGGAUUUGUCUUUGUUAAGCUUACCCUUAUAUAAAAGACUUAUUUUAUCCAUUGAAGCAAAGGGUAUGAAAACUGAGAAUGUUGCUGCAUCCCUCGUAUAUUAUAUUAGGAAGUUUGUCCCCUUUAUGAAUAGGCAAUCAAGCUUCAAUGAUAAAAAUAGUGUCAACCCCGGGACAACCACUAAUGCAAUUUCUGAAGCAGAUCAAAGGGCAUUGCUUGAAGAAAUUAUGGGCUUGCUUCCUAAUAAAAAAGGAGUCACACCCUCCAAGUAUCUCCUUAGGUUGCUAAGAACAGCCAUGAUAUUGCAUGCAAGUGCAUCAUGCAUUGAAAAUUUGGAGAAAAGAAUUGGGUUACAACUUGACCAAGCUGAGCUUGUGGAUCUUCUCAUUCCAAACAUGGGGUACUCGGUUGAGACCCUUUAUGAUAUAGACUGCAUUCAGAGGAUUAUUGAUCAUUUUAUUUCUAUAUACCAGCCUGCAACUGCAUCAACUUCUCCAUGCAUAACUGAAGAGGGGCCGUUGAUGCCUGGGGCUGAUGCACUUUCACCUAUGACAAUGGUAGCAAAUUUGAUAGACUCGUAUCUUGCUGAGGUGGCUCUAGAUGUUAAUUUAAAGUUGCCUAAGUUCCAGGCCCUUGCUUCUGCAAUUCCAGAUUAUGCUAGGCCACUUGAAGAUGAUUUAUAUCAUGCAAUAGAUGUAUAUCUUAAGGCACAUCCUUGGCUCAUAGAUUCAGAGAGGGAGCAAUUUUGUAGGCUAAUGAACUGCCAAAAACUCUCAUUAGAAGCAAGCACUCAUGCAGCACAAAAUGAAAGAUUACCACUGAGAGUAAUUGUUCAAGUCCUCUUUUUUGAACAGCUUCGACUCCGCACAUCAAUUUCUAGCUGGUUGUUUGUCUCAGAGGGUCUUGAGAACUCACACAACCCCAGUGGAAAUCUUGGCCUCCCAAGGAAUGAUGGCACUUCUCAACUACACUCUACAGAGGGUGCUGAAAACUUGAGAGACCGUGUCUCAGAGCUAGAGAAAGAGUGUUCGUGUAUCAGGAAGGAUCUUCAAAAGCUGGCUAAAGCAAAGAAAAGUUGGAGCCUUUUCCCAAGAAUCUUCUUUAGAAAAAAGGCAUAG